GAGGACAGCUACAAAGACGUCAUGAAUUCAUCAAUUACAGCGCAGCAUAGACCAGCCCGGCCAGCCCCACGAGCACCGCCGACGCCACCUGCGUGCGGCUGGCGGCCGACUUCUUCUUGCCCUCCUCUUGCUGCUGUUGGACGCUCUCGAGCAAGCCGCCUGUGGUGUCAGUGGUGCCGGUGCCCUCGGACUCGUUCUGCUGGUCGAUGACCUCAUCCACGGCCUGCUUUGUGGCCUCCUCUGCCGUGACGUCCACACUGCCGACCUCGGCAUGCCGGUCGACCGUGGCGGACUCGUCCAGCUUGCCGGCGUCCUUUUGGACCUGCACCACCUCCUCGAUCAGACUCUCAACCGCCUCACACAACGUGUCGGCACUUGUGGUGGCCGUGUCCCACGCUGCCACACGACUGCACACACACACAGACAGGGAUGAGAGAGAGAGAGAGGGAGACAUGAGUCUCAGCCUCCUUGUGUUGGUUGGUUUGUUGGGUGCUGACCGAAUGGCGAAGUAGACCUGGCCUUCGGCCAUCUUGCCGCACACCUGCUUGCUCUCCACCGUCAGCGUCUGGCCAGUGGGAGUGAGCCGGGUCGUCCCGUCAGUCGUGCUCUUGACAGCCAGGUCCACCAUCGGGAAGGUCACCUCGUCGACGGGGAUGGUGUCGUCGACGUUCAGGCAGCCGUCCACCUCGCCCACGAUGUCGCCGCCCUCCACAUCCAGCCGCACGCCAGACAAGGCCAGCACCUGACCCACGACCUUGUCAGCGGCAUUCGACACGUACGAGUAGCACGCAGCCGUCUCCGCCACUGCCUCCUGCUGGAGACGACGACGCGCCGUCGUGUUGGAGGCCGUGUCAGCUGUCGUGUUGGAAGUGCCUGAUGCGGGGGGUGCGGCGGUGGUGGCGGCCGCUGUGGGAGCCGACGUCACUGUGUUGGUGUCUGUGGUGGUCGUGUUGGUGUUGGUGUUGGCGUUGUUAGCCGAGGAUCCUGUGGCCGAGUUCGGGUCGAUGCCCGCUCCACCGCCAGUGGCGAUGCCGGACGACUCUGCGGACACCUCAGCCGUGCACAGGCCCUCACAGUCGAUGUCGUCGCCGCUGAUCGACAGAUCCGCGCCGGACGUUGUAAGCGCCACGUCCUCGCCCUGUACAAUCGUCUCUUUCUGCACAGAUGCACGCACACACACAGGUGCGUUUCCAUGCGAUACUACCACAGAGCUUGUUGUUGGCUCGGCUCACGAGGAGUUGGAAGAGGGGUGUCUCGAGUUUCCUGUCGCUGCUGAGGCACUCGGUGUUGUUGAAGCCGCAGUUGCAGCUGAUGACGUCGAGGUUCACGGCCUGACGGGCUGUCUUGCACUGAGCAUAUGUCUCCCUGGCGUCACUGCCGACAGACCUGCACAGAACAAGACGGAACAGGCGCACGAAUGGACCAGUCCCGUGCGGUGUGCGUGUGGCGGUCUUACUGGAUGGCGUCGUCGAGUUUCUCCGUCGCUCGCCAGAUGUCUAUAUUCUGGACCAUGGCGUUGGCCGCUGUGUACCUGACAUACACACGUCAAUGCAAUCUGUAACUCAAGCACCGCGUGUUGCUCUCUUCUUGUAGUUGCGUACUGAGGGGUGAUCCACUGUCUGGUUCGGAUGAUCGUGCCGCUCUCCUGCCAGAUGCCAGCGUGCAUCCACCUGAAGACCGGCGCCAUGCCGGCCUUGGCGCCGCAUGACCUGCAGUUGGCGGCCGUCUCCUGCCAGGCGAAGUCCCACUCGUAUCGGCACUGGCCGUUGGGCAGCACGUGACGGCAGCAUCGCAUCACCGCAGGGUCCUCGAGGCACUCGCCGCGGGUGGCCCUCUGCUUGUAGAGGUACCCAUCAGGCUGCACCAUGGCACACUGCUCGGUAGUGAGGACGAGGCGCUUUCUCUCCUCCCAGGAGAUGUGCACGCCCUCGCCGCCCAUCAUGUGGUCCAUGGCUGGGUCAUGAUGCUUGUCGUCACCAUGGCCGCCCGUGGCGCUGUUCGGAUCGUUGGGGUCCGUCAGGUCGGCCUUGGGAUCACCGGGGAAGGGGCUGCCGCCGGGCGGUGGGGAGCCGCCGAACUCGCAGAACGGCUCGCUGCCGUCCUCGCACUGGCCAGUGCUCGUGGGCUCCUGGCCAUUGGGGCAGACAGGCUUGCCGCCGUCCCUCUUGCAACUCUCGGCAUCCAUCCCGCCAGGGAAUGGCGAGCCGCCGGGGAAGGGGCUGCCACCCUGGUUGUUAAUGGUGGUGGUGGUGCCAGUCUGCAGGCGGCGAUUGGACGGGGUGUAGACGGGUUGCCACUGCACACAGACAGAAUGGGAGGCAGAGAGUGAUGGUGGACGCCUACUGCGUGGCAGCCAGGUUACCUCAGCCAUGGCUUUGAGGAAUGGUUUGCAGAAGGUAGAUGCGGUAGACUGCAGGCGGCGAGCGUAGUUGAUGUCCUUGACGGGCACGACGCAGUACUCGAACUUGGCGCAGUCGCCGUCACAUCUGGACGUGCACUUCUCCGGCACAGUUUUUGUCAGCUCCCACUCUCUCUCAACAACAUCAUCCAUGCACUUCUUUAUGAGGUCGGUGCACCUCCUGGUUGAUUGAGGACAUCAGAAUGAGCACAGAGAGGGAUGCCGACCGCUUCUCUUACUCACUCACCCGGUAAUGUCCUUGAGCUUCACCGGGUCGCUCUCGACUGCGCCUGGGCGGAACUCUUCCCCACAGACAAUCAUGAGAGGGUAGAAAGUCAUGAUCUGGCAGUUCACUGAGACACAAAGCACAGCCACGAGUAUACAAUCCUUACACGUCUACAUUAUGUGUCAUCCAGCUUACUUCCGCAGUCUUCGUCUUGGAUGUUGCACUGCGAGAUGAGCCUGAGGAUUUCGGUGUCACCGUCCUCCCAGCCCUCGAGAAUGCACUCGCCGCAGUCCUCAGUGCACUCCUCAGCGAAGUUGGGGAUGACCAUCUCGUUGUAGAACCGCCGGCGCUCGUCAAGGCUCGUGGCAUACCAGUCGUCGGGGUAGAUCUCGUCGUCAUUGUCAUCAUAAUCAUCGUGGUGAUCGUCGUGGUGGCCGUGGUCCCAGAAGAACGGCCAGCACUGGUGCUCGUAGUCGUCGAAAUGAUGCUCAUGGUGAUGCCAGUCGUCGACCCGCUCUCCCGGAUAAAGCUACACAGGGAACGGAAACAGCAAAAGCGUUUCCUGUGCGGUGGGUGUGAUGGGUGUGAUAGUGCUUACGGGUCUGACGCGGCAGCCGAACGAAGGGUGGACGGGGUCAAUCAUGAAUUUGUCGACCUCCACACCGGCGGCCUUGAGGGCCUCGGCACUCUCGUGAUCCGCCAAGGCACCAUAGCACGUGUGCCACUCCCAGUCGUCCUGCGGAGGCAAAACUGAGACACAGAGAGAGACAUGACCCCGUUGACAGCCACAUCCAGGCCAGCCAUUGUGUAUGUCGAGAGACAGACUUACUGCAGACACCGUUGGGGUACUCGUGAGCAUUUGCGAACCAAUCGUUGCACUCGCCUUGCGCCUCGCACUGCUCCUUGGUGAGACACUUGACGUGCUGCACAUGGCAUCCGAGACGACGCUGGUAGGGGUUGCCGCCACACUGCGCCCAUCCGCCCUGGAAGUCCUCGCAGCUCACAAGCUCGAAUGGCGAUGUGCACGAGCCGCUGUCGUCGACGUCCGUGUAGCACUGCUUGUCCUCGGGCUCCCAGAAGCCACCAGCCGUCGUGCAUGUCGACUCACCGGUGGCACCGAGCCGCACGGUGGCUGACAGCUUGUAGACGCACGUCUUGCCGGCGUUGGCAUCGUGGCAGGAGUCCCAGUGGCCGCACUUCUGGCAGUCCCGGUUGCAGCCCUUGGUGGCCGCGCACUCUGUGGCGUCCGUGAUGAAGGGGUCAAGCGAACACUCGCCGGCAUUGCACUUGGCCUCCGUCUCAAACUUCGGCUCCUUCCAACCGCGAUUGCCUGUGACAAGAAGAACACACGACACCAUACAUGUCUCGCCCAUGUGUGGGUGUGUCGAUCGAUGGUCUAGCGGAGAGUUGCCUCACUGUUGAAUUCGACGAAGCCGAACUCGUCGUUGCAAAUCCAGUCCUCCUCCCUGUAGUCUUCCCAUGGGUUGGUGCCUUGCUUGGGGAAGCAGUUGCACGCCAUCGCGAUCCACGUCUCCUGCUGCUCCCUACGACCGUCCGAGUGCUCCACCUCCUCCAUCUUGCGCACAGUCAUUGGAUCGUAGACGCACGCCCCGGCCCCGUCGAGGGCCUCCUCGGCCGCCCACACCCAGACGUGGUCCGUCCCCUCAGGACGCUGGAUCUGGCAGAAAUUGUGGCGGUCCUGCGUGCCGGCGGGAAUCGCCUUCCAGCACUUGCGGCCGCCGAAACGCUGCUUGCACGUCGAUGCUGCGUACCUGCGAGAGAGCGCGUGAGACAUGAAAGAGGUCGGUUGGAUGUUCUAUGGCGUCGUGUCUCCUGUUGACCAGUCUGGGAGUCCGAACGUCCCAAGGGCGCCGAAGGCAGCAGUGCAUAUAUCGGCUGUCAUUUCCUGUCGCUGCAGCAUACGAGUAGACGACGUCACGCCUGCAUGAAUGGCCAAACCCACGUCAAAUGAGCAGGGUUGGGACGAUGGCCGUCCGGUUACCUGUACCUGUGCUUUCCUUCUGUGCCAGUCUGAUGCUGGCCUCCUUCUCCAUGAGCUCGCUGCCAUAGACGGAAGGACAAAAUACGUCAAGACACAGUUGCUCAGACCGCACCGUCUCACUGACCGGUAUUCCUUGUCUGCCAUGAGGACACGUGCAGGAGCUGCUGUGGUCGGUGGCGGCGGAGAUCCGCCUGGGAUCGGCGAGCCUGCAGGCUUGGGACUGCUACCAGGCGCAGGGCUGCCUUGUGCAGUGCCGGGCAUCGGAGUGGGACCGGGUGCAGGCGAGCCGAUCGGCUGGCCGGCUUGGCCGGGGGAUUGCGUGGCGCCGGGGAAGGGGCUGCCGCCGGUAAAUGGGCUGCCGCCGGGCGGUGGGGAGCCGCCGAACUCGCAGAACGGCUCGCUGCCGUCCUCGCACUGGCCAGUGCUCGUGGGCUCCUGGCCAUUGGGGCAGACAGGCUUGCCGCCGUCCCUCUUGCAACUCUCGGCAUCCAUCCCGCCAGGGAAUGGCGAGCCGCCGGCUGCAUUGCCACCCUGGUUGGGCUGGCCACCUUGUGUGGCCGUUCCGCUCUGGUUGGGAUCGGUGCCGCCUUGUGUGGCGGUGCCGCCCUGGUUGGGGUCGGGCUUGUUGUCAUCUUUGCCGUCGUCGAAGAAUGAGCCGCCGCUGCCCGUUUCGGUGUUCUCAUGGUGUGGAUUACACCCGUACUUGCAGAUGCCAUCUCGGGUCAAGGCGAAGUUCCGCUCGACGGAACACUCAGGGUGACUCUUGCCGUCGGCGUCUGUGCACUGUUUGAACCGAUCGGCGCACUCCUGGGGGCUGGACAGACAAAGCAAAAGCACAUGUCUCUCGGUAGUCAAUCAUUGGUGAGCCGUGGCCGUACCAUUCGCAGUGGUGUUGCCAGUCUCCCCAUUCGUCGUCACAGCAGUCGAUGUUGCUGCCCAGAAUGUCACAUUCGGCAGGACGGCGGUGCGGAUUGCAGCCUGGUCAGAAUCGAUCACGGACAUACAGACAGUGUGGGGCUUCUGAGCACAGAAGCCAGACUGACGACUCACCGAAGUAGCAGCUGGACUCGUCGACCCCCUUGCCCCAGAGGUCCAUGUCACACUCAGCGUGCUCCUCUGAACACACCCAUGAAAGCAACGGUGACUGCCCAGUCUGCGGCUGGCUGUGUGUCUGUGUCUGUGCGUGAGUGACCUCUGAAGUUUUCCCAUCCGCACUUUGUCCCAUCGUCAUCGGGGUUGUCCCUCCAGCACUGCUCCUCUUUCUCCUGCACGAGUUUGACGCAGUUGGCGCGGCGCUCAAGGCACUUGAGCGGGCAGGCACAGUCGUGCUCGUCAUCAGGGCAGCAGGUGAUUGAGCCGUCCUUGCACUCCUGGGGCGGCAUCCACGAGCGGCAGCCCCACUUGCAGAUGCCCUCCUCAAACCACUCCUUGUUGAUCUUCCUCGCGCACUUGUUCCAGCUCUCGCCACUUCGCUGGCACUUCUCGAACUGAACACCCCACAGAGGCUCACGAGCUUAUGCAGUCAUACAGGGGGACGUGUUGGCUGACUGACCUCAACUUUGCAGUCCUUGGGACAGGCGCACUGUUCGUCUGCCUCAUGGCAGCAGCCGGCCUUAGAGUCGCACACGUCCUGCGCUGGCUUGAUGUCGCGAAUCUCACUGCACGCACACACAUGUAUGCAGAGCAGAUCAUAGCUUACAUCUUCUCGGCGACGCAGGCUGUGUGCCAUCCAUCCAUCCAUCUAUCCAUCGCCCACCAAGAGGGUUCGCACUCAGGGAAGUCAAAGAGCUGCUUGAACCAGCACUCGUCCUCGACCUUGCCGGUCCACUCAUGGCUGUCUUCACAGGCGUAGACCUGACACACGCGACACGUCAGUCAGGGAGACCAGCACAGCACAGCAUGCGUGUCGGCUGGGUGGUCGGGUCGGAUGGCUGACGUAUAUAUACCUUACUUACCUUGUUGACACAUUCCUGUGAGCAGAUUCUGGGGCAGUCCUCUCCCUUGUGUGCGUGGCAGGGGAGGUAAUCGUGGUUGCAGCCGAACUGGCAGAUGCCCUGCUCAGCCCAUUCGCCCUUCUUCUUGUUCUCACACGCCUCCCAGCCCUCCUCGCGCUCGCACUCCCGGAACUUUAUGGCGCACUCACGCGAACACUGGACAAAUCAGGCAGGAAUGAGUGAAUUAACUAACGAAUGACAGAAUGAGUGCACUCAUCACUGCCUGCACUCACGAGGCAUGGGUUCUCGUGUGUGCAGCAGUCAGGGUAUGCCGGAGGGCAGCCAUCGAACAGAUUGCACCCAUCUGUCACACAGAGACACAAAGGAAGGAACACACCACACGCAUGGACUCCCUCCCCAUCCCUUUGCAGUGCAGUGCACGCCACACUCACUCACUCACUCACUCACUCUUGGGACAUUGUGCGAAGGUGCCGCCAUUGAAGUCCUCCAGGCACUUCUGGACGGUAUUGUCCUUGAGGCACUCGCGCACGGCGUCAUUGCAGUUGGUGUCGCACACGGCCUUCUCCUGGUUGGCGUUGCACAGGCCCGAAGCCACUUGCUCCUCAUAUUUCUGUCGGUACUCCUGCCACGACCCGGCGCCCUCAUUCCACUCGCGCAGUACACACUUGUCGCCGCCGAAGUGGGAGCAGACAUCGGUUUGAGCGCCAGGGUCUUUUGUGUAGACGUCUUCGAUCCAUCCGAAGUGCUGCAGGUUGCAGCCGCCGCCCGGCAGGCGGCAGGGCUCUGUCUCGGUGCCCUCACGAUAGCAGAUGCCGGUCUCCGUCACUGGCUUGAUGGCAUUGGGACCUGUCAGGGUGGGUGAGAGUCAACCAACAAAUUGCACAAAGGCGAUGGAUGUCGGGCGGCAUUGUGCUGUGCUGUGCUGUUGACCUGCUCUGCAGUAAGUCUGGCAGGCAGACUUGUCCAGUGUCCUGUCGAUGCACCUGAAUGCAUAAACAAACAAAAGGACGCAAUCCACACACAUACUUUCUGCGUCUCUGCAAUCAGUCGUCCAGUCAGUCUACCAGUGAUGUCCGUGGUUGCCGGCAGAGGCCAGCUCGCCACCAGCACUGCAUCAAACAACCACCAAUUGGUGCAGACACAAUGGAUAACUGCAUCGAUCGAUCGAGCAGCUUUAACAUUGCUCACUCAGCGCAUUUCUGUGCGAGGCACUCCUUAAAGGCCUUCUCCGCCAGCCGCCACGGCUCCACGCCGGGCUCGGGGUUCUUCCGUGCCUCCUCCUCCUUCUGCCAUCGCGCCCGCUCGCACGGCUGGUAGGCCACGCGCCAAUCCAGCUCAAUCAUACAUCCACCCGGCUCGUCCAGACGAUGGCCUGCAUUUCAAGCCGUGGAGGCACAGAGAGACAGACAGAGACACACAUGUAUCUGUUAGUUACAUGCAUGUGAGCUUUGUUGGCUGGUUUGUGUACCGCAGUUGGGGCAGUCCCGUGGAGCGCAGAAUCCAUCCACACCCUGCACGCUGCACUCGCUCUCCGAUGUGGCCGUGGGGUUCCAGUUGCACACCUUGGGCUCGAGGCACUCCGCCUCCGUUAUCUCAACCUGACGCACAGACGAGUAAGACCCAGUAGAAACCGACUCUCUCCCUAUCUCUCUCCCUAUCUCUCUCCCUCUCCCCUCUCUCUCUCUCUCCCUCUCUCCCUCUCUCUCUCUCUCUGUGUGUGUGUGUGUGUGUGUGUUGUGUCCAAGCUGUGACGCACCUCCCAGUCAUUGACGUGCUCUCCUGUGGCCUCGCGGAGCUCUUCGGCCUUUUUCUGCCUCACCUCCCACUCGCGAGGCCCCUCGCACCUCGUCUCGCCGUACAGCUCAUACAGCUUCUGCCCGAUGGUAUCAAUCGAAGACGACGGAGGCAGACCCAGGUUGGCCCUAAACAGCAGGCAAGCAAGCGAGACAUGUCUGUCUGUGGGCACAGCUGUGUGUGGUGGAUGCCUUACGCGAAGAAGAGUUUGAUUUUGGGGUCGCUGACGGAGUCGAGCAUGCACCAGGUCAGGUACUUGGGGAUCUCCAGCAGCUUUACCUCGCAGAACUUGGUCUCACUGCACAAAACAAAAACACACCAACCGAUCAACCCCCCCUGCACCAGCCUAUCGUCUCUGUCUGUGUGUUUCUCACCUGUCCGAUGAGUCCAAUGAGUCCGAGGAGGUGUCACUGGAUGACGAUGAUGAUGAUGAAGUGGAGACGGCCUCGCACUUGAGGUCGCCGACACAGUCUUCGUCGUUCUCGCAGGACGGACCCACAAUGGACCGCGCCUCCUCGUUCCAUUGGCCUCGGGUGAUACCUGCAGACAGCCAGACUCAUUUCGUGCGUGCGUGUGCUCGUGUGUGUGUGUGUGUGUGUGUCCUACUUGUGCAGUUCUCCACUCUGCCCCACACGUCGCCAGUCAGCUCCUCAAACUCAACACUAAGUAGGCCAGCAAACAUGACAGUCGUUGCUGCAGUGACCUUAACCUUUGUGGGCAGGUGGUUGGCUCUUACAGUGUCUCGUAGCACUUGCCGAUGGACUCCUGUUGGCUAACGAAGCUCUUGGCAGCGUCGGCUGCAGCAGCAGACAGGGCACCCUGCGCACACGGCGGAGAGAGCAACAACAAGGUCGAUGUCAUUCAUGCCUUUUGCGUCACUCUGUCGAGAUACCGUGGUCUGUCCGGCGCUGUUCUUGUCGGCGGCGCACAGGAGGCCGAUCUUCUCAGCGUUAAUGCCGUCGACGACGGUGGACACGAUGGUCUUGUUCUGCACCGCGCAGCAGCGAUCCUCGAUCCAGGGGUUGCAGCACGGGUCGCUCCAGAAAGCAUCGCCAUCAUCAUGGCCUGACACGAACACACCACACCGUCAACAAAACAGGACAGGCAACAGCAUAAUCUGAUGCCUCUUGCUUUUCCCCUUCUUGACUGCUCCAUGUGUCUGUCGCUGGCUCGGCUGAAUGUCUGUCUUUGUUUUCAUUACUCACUUUUGUCGCAUGCAUCGGUGAGUCUGGACUCUGUGACAUCCUUGAAGGUCAGGAAGCCCUUCAUCAACGCCAGACAGCCGUUCCACGCAUCCUUGGCAGUCAACGCGAAAAUGUCUGCACACAAACAGACAUACAGACAUGUACCAAUCAGGACGGAUGGAUGGAUGGAUGGAUGGACGUGUGCACAGUCCCUCUCUCUCUCUGCCGGCCUGCCUACCCUCGAGAGCCGUGUGCACGCGGCACUCUCUCUCCUCCCUGGCAUAUCUGCAGCGAUCAGUCUCGGAUGUUGAUGCCGUGGUUGAGUCGGUCGUCGCCGAAGUGAUGUCAGUGGCGGUCUGCAGCCGGCGGCCGUAGAAGACGCUCUCGGCCUUCUCGGAGGGCGCCGGGUAUGCCGUCUGUGACGAGGGGUCGCCGAAGGGCCCAUUGAGGUAGAAGGAAGACAGCGAGGCCGUGUUUUGGGUGAGGUCGCAGUUCUCGGUGAUCUGGGAGGCUUCUUUGAUGUCGUCCAGACGCGUGUUGAGCUCGGCCUGCACGGCCUCGAAUUCCUUUCGGUCGCACAGGUUGAAGGUCUCCAGCACUUUGGCAGCGCUACCUGCACACAGAGGGGACCAACACCAGGGACCAGCCAGCCUGGUGAGAUCUCUCUACUCCAUCUGUGUCGUGUGUCGGAUACUGACCGCUCUGUUCAGCGAUGGCCGCUUUAUCAUCAUCACCUAUGACGUUGGGCAUGACCUUGCAGCCCUUGAACUCACUCACACUGGGACCCACCACGUUCGGCACACCGUUCUCUGUGAGAUGAUCGACACGCUGGAAGUGGAUGGAUGUGAGCAGCGGGUGGGUGGGGCUCACUCACCGAUGACUUUGGUGAGGACCAGGAUGGCGGUUGCAUCCUCCCUGUACUUGUUCUGCAGCUCCUGGCCAAUCUUAUGGUCUUCGUAGCGACGCAGCAUGAUCUGACGCCUGCAACACACACAUGAUGCGAUGCCGGUGCGAAUGGAAGCGGCUCCUGCAGCAGUAGACUGACCAGUAGAAGCCAAUGUUGUCAGUAAAGGACGGGACGACGAAUUGAGGAGGCACUUUCUUGGUCUUGGUUGCUGACGGACACACCACCUGCACACACACAUAAGGCAGUGUAGCCCCGCCAAGACAUGAGCCCUGCCCUUCUCGGUGCCUACCACAGGCUUCACAAAGGAGGGGUUGACGUGGCCGCCGUAGCCGAAAAUGAGGGAAAGGUCGCGUGCGUGGUAUGUGCUGGAACUGCCGUCCGUCGCCGUCUUCUUGUUGCCGGUGAGCAGGCCUUCUGGGGUGGUCCUUGUGCCCUCCCCAUGGCACUCACACCUAGCGAAGGGCCGGUCCCAGUGCCGACGGGGGUCGUAGUGUUCUGGGCAGCAGUCCUCUGGGCAGUCCAUGCAACCACACUGACCUGCAACACCAGCAGGGGUUGGGGGGUAUCGACCCCCGAUCACGGCACAAGUUGAUGAAGUUCCAAUGCCCCGCCGCUUCCCUCCAACCCCUCACCGUCAGGAGUGCAUCCGUAGAAGUUCUCGCACUGCUCAUACUCAAUAUCCUGGUCGUACUCGAGCUCAACCUGCAGGUACUCGAGCACCAAGUCGCCCGCAUCGUUCUCAAAACGGGCCUCCCCACACCCUCCCGGCGAGCGGAGCAUGGUCAUGGUGCGGGGGGAAACACGGAACUUCUUGACGUCGAGGGAAGAGACCCUUGACAGGAGCAGACACAGCCCCAACAUGGUCAGGGCGACGGGCGUGGGACACUUCAU